CACGCACGCAAUGGAAAACGAAUCCGUGAAGUCGGAACAUAGUGGACGCUCCAGACGCUCGCGGAACCAUAAUAACAACGGCGGGGGAGGUGGUGGUGGCGGCGGAGGCAGCGUGAACAACGGCUACCACAGGGAGCGGGAGCGGGAUAGGUCACGCCAUUCCCACCGGAGCACGCACUCUUCCAAGUCGGGAAAAUCGGGAUUCCAACGCGGGGAUAUGGCUCCCUACCAGACCAGUGUCAAUAUGACAGGUGAUGAGAGUCGCGACGGCCAGGAGGUCAUUGAGGUGCAGAUCCUUCCGCAGGACGAGAAUUGGGGCGAGAAUACCACCGCUGUGACAGGCAACACCUCGGAGCAGAGCAUUUCCAUGGAGGACAUCAACAACAUGUGGCACCGCGAGAACGAGAAAGGAUUCGGUUUCGCGUGUCGUCGCUACAUGGAGUCUGGCUUCUGCUUCCUGCUUGGAUGCGCUGCGUUCUUCUCCCCGGUGGCCAUGGUGGUAAUGCCGCACGCAGGAUUCUUUCCUUCCGCCUUUGAUGAUCCGGAACUUACGCAGACGGUGCGCACCAAGCUGCUGGCCUGCAGUGAACAGUGCAAGGGCCAGCUGGUGUCCCUGGCCGCCCGACUGUUGCUCCUGGCGAUCGGUCUGUGGGCGGUGUUCAUGCGCCGCACUUCGGCCAGUAUGCCGAGAAUAUUCCUGUACCGUGCGCUGGUCCUACUUUUGGUCACAAUUUGCACCUUUGCCUACUGGCUGUUCUACAUCGUGCAGGUCACGAACGGUGCCCGGAUCGUCGUAGAGACCGGCGGCUAUGCCGUCGAUUACAAGUCGCUGGUGAGUUAUGCGACCAACUUCGUAGACACAUUGCUGUUCGUUCACUACGUGGCCGUGGUUCUGUUGGAGCUGCGCCACCAACAGCCGACCUACUACGUCAAAAUCAUCCGCUCCCCGGACGGAGUGUCGCGAUCCUAUAUGCUCGGCCAGUUGAGCAUCCAGCGGGCGGCGGUGUGGGUGCUGCAGCACUACUACGUCGACUUCCCCAUCUUUAAUCCGUAUCUGGAGCGCAUACCCAUCUCGGUGUCAAAGUCGCAGCGCAACAAGAUAUCGAACAGCUUCAAGUACUAUGAGGUGGACGGGGUGAGCAACUCGCAGCAGCAGAGCCAGAGCCGGGCCGUCUUGGCGGCCAAUGCCCGCCGUCGCGACUCCUCGCAUAACGAGCGCUUCUACGAGGAGCACGAGUACGAGCGCCGGGUUAAGAAACGCCGCGCACGCCUCAUCACUGCCGCCGAGGAAGCCUUCACCCACAUCAAGCGCAUCCACAACGAACCCGCUCCGGCACUGCCCUUGGAUCCACAGGAAGCCGCAGCCGCUGUAUUUCCCUCGAUGGCAAGGGCUCUGCAGAAGUAUCUGCGGGUGACGCGACAGCAGCCCCGGCACACCUUCGAGAGCAUCCUGAAGCACUUGGCCCAUUGCCUGAAACACGAUCUGUCGCCGCGGGCCUUCUUGGAGCCGUAUCUGACCGAAUCCCCAGUCAUGCAGAGCGAGAAGGAGCGUCGCUGGGUGCAGUCUUGGUCGCUGAUCUGCGACGAGAUCGUGUCCCGUCCGAUCAGUAACGAGUGCACUUUCCAGCUCAUCCAGAACGACGUCUCCCUCAUGGUCACCGUGCACAAGCUGCCGCACUUCAAUCUCGCCGAGGAGGUGGUGGAUCCCAAGAGCAACAAAUUUGUACUUAAACUGAACUCGGAGACCUCCGUAUGACACCACCACAACGGUCCGCCCCCCAUUAUCACGCCCACUCACAGCAACCAGACGCAGUCCUCGUACCUCCAUGUGUUUGUCUGAGACUCCUUGCUCAUAUCCUUUGUCCUUUUUCUAUUAUUUUUAUCACAAAACCUUGAAACAAUCAUUCUUCUGUGUAGAGAAACUCAGUAUUUCAAUGUCAAUUUGAAACUCUUUGAAAGAUUUUAAUAUUCUUUCACACAACACCCCCAUAUAUCAUCUAAAAAAUACUCAAAAUUCCAGUGUAUCAGAAUUCCUAAACCGACUCGAACACAUAUCACAUGUAUUGUCCCCUUUUACAAGAAAACAUGACUUGAAAGUUCCCAAAGUAUUAAUUAUAAGAAUGAAGGUUCGGUUCGGAUACAGAACCACCGCGAUCACGAAAAUAUCAACUCUUCAAUGCCGCUCUUUUAUACACUUUUUAUUUUAGGAAAUAUUUAGUGUAAAGUUGUGCUUACUCGUGGCGAUGGAUUGUCGCAGAAGCCUGUAAGCCAACGGAUAGCUUUAAGGAUGGAAUUUUAGCUAAGAUUCGGACUUGCGCCAAGAGUGGAGCGCCCACUGUUGGCGCGACUCUUUAGAAUUAAACCGACGCACAUUUUAAGCCGAAACCUAAAGGUCCUAAAUCAAAACAGUCUAAUCUGCCAAGCCGGAUUAGAACAAAACUAGAACUCGAAUGAAACCGUUGACAAAUACAUAUACUUUAAGGAAAGAGACUGCCUGAACAUAUGCAUUUUAUACAAAAAAAAAAACAAAAUAUAAAAAUUGCCAAGAGCCGGCCCACCUGGGCAUAGCAACACAUUUUAUACAAAAGCAAGUGUAUUUUUAGAAGCAAAAUUUUAGCGAUAAGGACCCGAAUUCGUAUUCGAACAUAUAUACACAUUCAUAAACGUUCCAGUGAACCCAAUCUUAACGAUAUAACUAUAAACUUGCCUAUUUACAAAACUAAUUAAAUACCUUCUGCUUGAGGUUUGAGUUUAUUUUCGUUUUCUAGCUAAUGCUUCUCGCCGAAGUACUCCUUUUCAACUUAAAGCAAUUGGGAAGCCAAACCUUAAACAUAAAGCGAAUAUUAUCUAUCCAACUGUAACUGUUGUAACUAUAAUUAGUCCUAAAUCAUAAUAAAUUGAACCCCAUUUUUAACAGCUUUAA